AUGCAAAUUAAUAAAGUCUUCAUUAAAUCUUGUGAUGCACCAUCGGGAAUACUUAGUUCCAGAUUUAUUACUAAAAAUGGAAGGAAGAUUACACUAAUCCUAUCUGAUUCCAAAUUAUAUCGAAUUGUAAACUAUAAAAAAUACUUAAGUCUGACAAAGGUUUAAAAGUGACUUCUCUAAAUAGUCAUUUACGCUUUCAAAUCAAACCAAACAAAUUGCAGAACUAUCUCAUUUUAGAAACCGACUUUUUACCUAAGCCAAUAGAGUAUUAGUUCAUGGAUUAACCAGGGAUGUGGGAGAUCAUGUUAAAAUAGAAAUUACCACUUAUGGAUUAUCAGAAAUAUUAUGAAAUCGAAAAAUUAAUUGGCAGUGGUAGUUUUGCUAGCGUUUACAUUGGAAAUUCAAAGGCUGAUGGUACCAAAGUAGCAAUUAAAGCUUUCCUUAAAAAAAUGCUUAUGUUAUCAGAUCCAAUUUAAUGGAGGGUAAUAUUUUAUUUAUCUCUAGUAAUAAAUUGACAAUGAAGUCAAAGUCAUGAAGUAUAUGAAUCAUUAAAAUAUAUUGAAAUUGUACGAUGUUUUUGAGAACAAGGCUCAAAUUUACUUAAUUACCUAAUUAUGCAGAGGUGGCAACCUUGAACAAGCAAUUAAAAAACUUGAUGAACCUUUGCCAUUUUUAACUGUGAAAGUGAUUUUUCGAUAAAUUGUGGAAGGAAUCAAAUAUAUGCAUGAUAUAGGUACAAAUUAAAUAGAUUGAGAGGUUUGAUGCAUAGGGACAUUAAACCAGGGAAUAUCCUAUUUAGAAAGCCGGUUUCCCUUAAAUAAUUCGGACUAACAGUCUAAGAUGGACCUUUGAUUAGUGAUUUUGGAGUCUCCUCUAUAAUCUAGAAAUAACUUAAUGUUUAUUAAUUUUGCGGGUCCUAUGGGUAUAUGGCUCCAGAGAUCUUUGCUUGUGAGGACGACAAAUCCAAGUCAUAUACUGAGAAAUGCGAUGUUUUCAGUUUAGGCUGCUUACUUUAUGAAUUGUACAAUAAAUUAAUAUAAUUAGAACUACUACUAAACCACUUUUUUAAGGAAAUAAUAUAAAAUUGUUAAAUAAAGAAUGCAAUAUAAAUAUGAAUAAAUUGUUAGUAGAUUGCUUUGGAAAUAAAUAAUGUAAUUAUUUUGAAUAGCACCUUAUAGUAAUAAAUCUGUUAAUGAAAAUGUUGAAUCCCAAUCCAGAGUAAAGGAUUGCUUGUUCUGAAGUGUUAAACCAUCCAGUUAUGCAAGUGGAAUAUGAUGAAUAGGGAUGUCCAUUAUUCAAAGAUUAUAAGAAACCUGUUACUUUAUCAAUACAAAAGCCUAGACAGUAGAUGAAAUCUAAAAGCAAUGCUAUUUUGCCAUACACAUCUAGAAGGAAUGAAACUCAGUCAUUCAAAAGAUUAUCCUAAGUACUACCGCCGAUUAAAAGAUUAAGCACAGAAAUGCAUAAUGGAUGA